CCGCUCGUAAAGAUCGAAAACGGGUCCUUUUAUCGUUCGUAUCCAUCAGACUUGGCACCCGGUCCCAAAGACGCACCUCUUCUGAGCAAUGUUGAUUUCAUAUUGCCUGCUCGACUCGCGGUGGAAUUGCCCAAACCCGUCAAGGACACGGUCAGGGCAAGGAUGAAAUAUAAAAGAGAGGUCCGUCUCGAAAAUACGGUCCGCAAAUUGCAGGGGCCGUUUCAUUGGGCUUUCAUAGGCCCUGGAAGCUCUACGCUUUUUGACAUCAUCCGCGGCCAGCAUAUUGCUGUGCCACCGAACUCGCGUUCAUACCCCUACUUGUCCUCAGACAAAUUCACCCCAUCGGACCCGAAGCUAAGGCAUUCGUUUAAUGCUAUUCAAUUUGUCGGCUUUGGCGGUGAGGGGUCACAGGCCACCGGAGGAACCAGGGGGGCGUAUCUCAGUGCACGAUACGAGAGUCUACGUGAAGACACCGACUGGACGGUCCGCCAAUAUCUGAAGGGCCAAACGGAAUUAAAUCCUUUGGAAGGGCAAGAAUGGGGGAAGAUUCACGAUGAGAUUCAUUUCCAGGAGAUUGUGAACAGUUUCAAACUACAAGAGCUUUUGGAUAUGCCUGUGUCUAACCUGAGCAAUGGCCAAACAAGGCGUACUCGUAUAGCUAAAGCUCUAUUAGCGAAGCCAGAACUCAUUCUCCUAGACGAACCCUUAAUGGGUCUUGACCCUGUGACUAGUGAUAGCAUAUCUUCGCUCCUUUGUAGUUUCGCACAGAAAUCUACACCUCGAGUCAUUAUAUCCCUUCGCCCACAGGACCCUUUACCCGAAUGGAUUACCCACGUCGCAGUUCUCAAUGGAGAUCAUGUUGCUUAUCAAGGGGACAAAGCCAGCUUCAUCAAGUGUGCUCAUCGACUCACUGCCUCGCCUCAUGUGGGCGUCAAGGGUUCACAGUUAUUACGGCCUCUUUUCCAGGAAGGGGGCCUCUUUCAAGGCUGCUAUGUUCCUCCUCUUGACCUGAAAAGGACGGCAAGAUGGAGCUCGAUGGAAAAAAAAAGAGCGAAGUCAAUCACGCCUAUUUCCAUGAAUGGCGAGCCUAUCAUACAGAUGGAAGGCGUUCGCGUACAGUAUGGGGGAAAAGUUGUACUUGGAAAUUGGAAGCAAGAUGUAGCUGGUGAAGAUCACGGCAAGCCAGGACUACAUUGGAAAGUCCGCCGUGGCCAGCGCUGGGCGAUCCUAGGAGCGAAUGGAUCCGGCAAAACAACAUUAUUGUCCGUAAUAACUUCAGACCACCCACAGGCAUAUGCACUGCCUGUCCGCUUAUUUGGUCGUUCUCGUCUUCCGGAAGUGGGAAAACCAGGUAUCUCAAUUUUUGACCUGCAAUCUCGGAUCGGCCAUUCUUCGCCUGAAGUCCACGCCUUCUUCCCGCGGCAGCUUACGGUCCGGGCAGCGAUUGAAUCCGCAUGGGCAGACACCUUUCUCUCAAAGCCGACUUUGAGUUAUGAGAUUGAUACGCUUAUUGAUCGAGUGCUUGAACACUUCAAGCCAGAACUAGACAACAGUCCCGGUCCAGAGCUUCCUAUCAAAGCCGAAACCGACCUUUCCUUUAUUCCCCUGCACUUUCAAAAAAAGGUAUUGGCUGAGAACUUUCUAAGUCAACGUUAUCGCUACCCAUUGCCGCCAUCGUCCGUUCAUGAAUACGCCGACACAAUAACCUUCGGCCAACUCAAUAUGGCCCAACAGCGUUUAGUAUUGUUCAUACGGGCUAUCAUCAAAAAACAAGAUUUAAUAAUUCUAGACGAAGCUUUCUCUGGCAUGUCGCCAUCGAUGCGCGAGAAAUGUUUUGCUCUCCUAGAACCUGACCCCGACGCCAACGAGACAUUAAGCAAUACAAAAUUCCAGAUUCCCCAUCUCGGUCCUGACCAGUCCCUCAUUGUGGUCAGUCACCUCCGCAGUGAAAUCCCAGACUCUGUUCGUUUCUGGAUGCGUCUCCCUUCAGACGUUGGCGACAACGAAACGCUGCCAUUCGCCAUGGGCCUUCUUCCGGAUGGUAUUAAUCUAGCAUCCGACGAAACAGUUUGGCGAAAUAUCUGGUCUGUGGAUACACUGCCUUAUAAAAAGAUCGACUCUGCCAGUGACGGCGAGGGGAUCCCAAACGACGCCGAAAAAUACCACUACCUUGUUCCG